UUGUCGUGAUAGAGAACCUGCGAGUGCUACUAAGGAGGAGAGAGCGCGAGAGAGAGCGGGAACACAAGCGAGUAACUGAGAGAUGGUGUGUGUGUGUGUGAGAGAGCCUUAGUUCGUCUGACUCUCGGAGCUGUAGACUGGACCAACCAUUUAGCCUUUGGAACGCUCACGGCGCACACACACGUAGGCACACGCCACUGCCGCGUCACCCUUGCCGGCCGGUGAUGAGAGGGAGGAUACAGUCGUUUUGAGACAAAGGGGGAACUGCCUUUGAGAAGACUCAGCCUUUGGAUGUGUUGCAGGAGAAAAAUCGCCUGAUCCUUGAGUUGUCCAGCAACAGCCUGAAGGCAUCCAAAUAUGACCAGGUAAGGUCAGACUAUGAGCAGCUCGGACACACCUACAGUUCUGUGAGUUAGGAGAGAGACUUAGCCCAACAGGAGAGGAAACGGCUCCAAGGCAAACUGGAGAACCUCGAGCAGGUCCUCAAGCAUAUGCGAGAGGCUGCUGAGAGGAGGCAGCAGUUGGAUGAAGAGCAUGAGCAGGCCCUGGCUGCCCUCACCACCAAGCAGCAGAAGAUUCACCUUCUGCAUAAGGCUCAGGUUGAAGCUGAGAGAGAGCAUGAGGGAGCGGUCCACCUGUUAGAGGACAAGGUUCGCGACCUGGAGCAGAAAUGCAGGUCACAGACUAAACCGUUUGGCCAUUUGUCCAAGAGCCUGGAAGAUUUCCGUCUGGAGGCGGACAUCUUCAGCACUGAUUCUUUCUCCAAACAAAAAACUCCCCUUUCCCUGGAAAAUAAACUCUCCCAAAUCCUCAACGGACUGGCAGUGAAGGCAGGGAAAGGCAAUGAGAGCUUGGCAAACACUCCGCUGAUAUCGAAGUUCCUCCGCCCGCCACAGAUCAGAGACAGGCCAGAGCUGCUAUCUGUCAAUCCCACCACAGUGACAACGAGCUGCCCCAGCAGCCCACAACGGGCGACCCCCUCAGAGAUGGAGGAUGAGGUCAGCCCUGCUCCCCGGUCCAAGCCUCGCUACACUGGCACGGUCCGUCUCUGCACCGCCCGCUACAGUUACAACCCUUACGAUGGGCCAAACGAGCACCCAGAGGCAGAGCUCCCCCUGGUGGCUGGGAAGUACCUGUACGUGUACGGCACCAUGGACGACGACGGUUUCUACCAAGGUGAGCUGCUGGACGGCCAGAGAGGGCUGGUCCCGUCCAACUUUGUGGAGUUUGUCCAAGACAAGGAGAAACCAUCCAUCCAACUAGGGGACGGAGAGGAGGACCUGGGCUCUCUGGACCAUAUCACCCUUGGCCUGAUGGGGGUGGAUGGAGGGGCCCCUCGGGAUGGGCUACUGGGUUCCAGCAACCCCCUGGGCCCCUGCAGCAACGGCACAGGGCCCCUGGACCCUGAGGAUCUGGUCGAUGACAUUGUGCCUUACCCCCGGAGGAUCACCCUGAUCAAGCAGUUGGCCCGUAGCGUCAUUGUGGCCUGGGAGCCCCCGAUGGUGCCCUUGGGAUGGGGAAAAAUCAGCUGCUACAACGUGCUGGUGGAUGGUGAGGUGCGUGCCAGCGUGCCCUACGGCGACAGGACCAAGUCGUUGUUGGAGAAGCUGGAUCUGGACACGUAUACGCACCGCGUGUCCGUGCAGAGUGUGACAGACAGGGGCCUGUCGGACGAGCUGCGCUGCACCCUGAUGGUGGGAGCCAACGUGGUGGUGGCGCCAUAUGGACUGCGGGUGGACGACAUCCUGCGUGACUCAGCCGAGCUCUCAUGGUUGCCCAGCAACAGUAACUAUGGGCACACAGUGUUCCUGGACGGGGCGGAGCAUGCAGUGGUGAAGCCGGGGAGGUACAGGCUGCGCUUUGUUAACCUCAAGGCCAUGACGGUAUACAAGGUGAGGGUGGUGGCCCGGCCACACCAGGUACCAUGGCAACUGCUCAUGGAACAGAGGGAGAAGAAGGAGGCUGCUGUGGAGUUCUGUACACAAGCUGCUGGCCCCCCAUUACCACCUCAGGAGGUGCAGGUGCAGUGUGGCCAGGCACCAGGGGUACUGCAGGUGCGCUGGAAGCCCCCUAUCCUCUCACCCAGUGGAACCUCCAAUGGAGCCAGCGUCAUCGGAUACGCAGUCUGCACUAAAGGACAAAAGAUAGCGGAGGUGUUGUACCCUCUGGCUGACUAUGUGACAGUGGAGCUGAACAGGAUCCAGUGUCUGGAGGCCAGGGAGGUCAUCGUCAGGACGUUAUCAGCACAGGGAGAGUCCCAGGACUCCCACGUUGCCCCCAUUCCAAACAACCUACUGUUGCCGCCUCCUCACCCUGCCCCUGUGCCCCCUCAGCAACCACACGCAGGUGCCAGAGACCUGGAAGCCAAAGAGCAGGUGGUCCAGCAUGGGGGCGUCCCAAGCCAGCCCUGGGACCCUACCCGCUCCCCCUCCGCCCAGCCUUCUCCUGCCCCCAUGUACGGGCACACCCUGGAGGCGCCCCUUUCUGCGAACCACCGCUCGCCCUCCCCCCAGAGAAUCCUUCCACAGCCCAGGGGCACCCCCAUCCCAGACCAAAUGGCCAAAGCCAUCGCCCGCGAGGCAGCACAGAGGGUGGCUGCAGAGAGUGGCAGAAUGGAGAGGAGAGUCGUCUACAAUGAGCAGGGCCAGGCCUUCCACCAACAGAACUCAGAUGAGGAAGAGGAGGAUGAGGAAGGGUAUGGUCACGGCCUCAGGAGACAGGGGGCCUCAGUAGAUGAAUUCCUCAGAGGGUCCGAGCUGGGCAGGCCGGCCCACUACAGCCACAGUGAGGAGUACCACAGUGAGAGCAGCCGGGGCUCUGACCUUUCUGACAUCAUGGAAGAGGAUGAGGAGGAGCUCUACUCUGAAAUGCAGCUGGAGGAGGGACGACGACGCAACUCCCACAAUACACUCAAGAUUGGGAACAACUCCUCUGGGGGUCGGCUGGAUCGGGAGACGGGGAGAAGAAUGCCACGGGACGGUCCGCAGCCCCAGAGACACCCUCUUAUGGUGCCCUCCAUUGAGAUAACCACAGAGAGUAACAGUGAUGGGAACAUCUCCCCCGUCACGGAGGAUGUUUACUAUGGCAGUGUAGUACGGCACAGCACGUGGUCGUCCCGCCGACGCCCCACAGGCACCAAGCCUUCCUAUAAUGAGGGAUACGGGGACAGGGAACGCCGCUCCCCUCCUAACUACGAUGAGUCAGAACCUGAAGAAACAUUCCGGAUCUUUGUGGCUCUGUUUGACUACGAUCCCCUGUCCAUGUCUCCCAACCCGGACGCAGCAGAUGAGGAACUGCCCUUCAAAGAGGGACAGAUCAUCAGGGUAUAUGGUGAUAAGGACACUGAUGGUUUCUACCGAGGGGAGAUCAGGGGAGGCAGGAUGGGGCUCCUGCCCUGCAACAUGGUGUCAGAGAUCAGGGCUGAAGAUGAGGAGACCAUGGACCAGCUCAUCAAGCAGGGCUUCCUCCCACUCAACACACCAGUGGAUAAAGUUGGAAUAGGGCAGGACAGACGAGGCCUCUGUCAGCAUCAGGCCACCAGGAGGAUGGUGGCCCUCUAUGAUUAUGACCCCAGAGAGAGCUCCCCCAACGUGGACGUGGAGGCUGAGUUGACUUUCUGUGCUGGUGACAUCCUCGCUGUAUUUGGAGAGAUUGACGAAGACGGGUUCUACUAUGGUGAAAUCAAUGGCCACCGUGGCCUCGUCCCCUCCAACUUUCUGGAAGAAGUGCCUGACGACGUGGAGGUGUACCUGACGGACACUCCAUCCCGCUACGCCCAGGAUGAGCCCGCCAACCGGGCCGAGGCCAAAAGGGUAACCACGGAUACCACAGAGAGCACGGCCCCGCCUGUCCGAGCGGCAUCCCCCAUGGUGCGUCCCGUGUGUCCCCCAGGCACCAUGAGGCCCAUCAGCCCCACCAGGGGCCCCAGGGACCUCCGAGACAACAAAAAGAAAAAGGGACUGCUCUCCAAGGGGAAGAAACUGCUCAAGAAGCUCUCUCCGGUUAAAUAAACUGUUCCCAGCUGAGCCCAGUACUGUACAUCACAUACAGUACAUGCAAUCAAAUCAGCUGAUCGUACGCACACAACUACAAUUGCAACAUGUGUGUAUGUAUUACAGGACGAUAUAUGUGAGCCUAAUCUAAUAUAUUCAGUGAUACAUGUUCUAAUGAUUAAUACACAUACAGUGCCUUGCGAAAUAUUCGGCCCCCUUUAACUUUGAGACCUUUUGCCACAUUUCAGGCU